AUGAAGAAGUUUCGUGAGCAUAUCGGUAUAGAACGAGUCUCCUGGCUAUAUGCUGAAAACUAUGUGCAGUCUGAGGAAGGACCAUCUGCAAAGAAAUGUGCAGAAGAGCUCAUUGAUUCUUGGGGAUGGCUUGCAACCCUACGAAAUUCUCUUGAGCAACUCAAAUCGGAACGAAAGCAAAGUCCAUUGCGGUUGAUUGCUUAUCUGGUAUCUCCCACGGAAAUGGCUAAAAUGAUCUUGGAAACGAUAAAGACCGUGUGCUCGCAGGGUCAACACUUAGUACCAAUAGCAUCCUUCCAGUAUGACCUUGUUACACCAGUUAUGCACUCCGUUAAUGCAAAGUUCAAUGAGAUACUUGAGAUUGAUGAAGCCAAUGUUUGGGCUUCUGUAUUUCGCAGCUACAUCAGAAUAUUUUGUGAUGAGGAAAUUUCUCGACUCUACAAUCAUCGCGUAUGGUGGGUCAAGUGUUGCAGAGAUUUGGGUAUCCAUCCUUUGGUACAGGUGCCCUUCAAAGACUCACAUUUUGAAGCAAGAAAUCAGCUGUCUACUUCUCUCCAAGAAAUUAUUCUAAAGUCUUGCCAGUUUCCUGUUAAGAAUAAGUAUGGUGUUGAGCAUGCAGUAGAUGCUUUCUCGAUUCGUAAUGUAGCAAUCGAGGAAGAGUCUCGAAUUACCGAAGAAUCUCGCGUGGCAUUGUCCAGAAUGUUGGCGAUCAAUACGAAAUUGAUUGAAUUGUUCGAUGAGCACCCAUUCCGAUACAUCGUAUUUCCCACGCAUCAGCUUCCAAUGACGGUUCGUGCUUCUUGUAACUAUUGA